CACGCAGUUGACUGCAUUCGACAAAGAGUCGGGUAACUCAGGAACGUUUAGCCUAAGUAGCCGCGGCAAGAACUUAUAAUCCAUUGCGCAAUUCCCUAAGGAAGCCCAGAGCAUGAUGGCGGCCACGAGACUUGACAGCUUCCGUCAGCUUGCGAGCGACUGUGAGCGUGCGUCUGUGCGGCUCCUGCGAGGGGCAGAAGCCUUGAGGAACUAUUUUUGUAAAACCUGCGCUUCCGAAUGUGGGCUAACAUCGGUUCUGUCGAAACCGAACGCCGCAGAUGAGGACAACCAAGGCCGGAGAGAAUCCUGGUCCCUGGAUCCGCUCGGUACACGGAUCAGUUUGCAGACGCAAACACCCACUUCUUUCCGAGUUCCGCUUACGCAAUCCGACUGCUGGAGAGUCUCCGCAACGGUCUACUUCAUAAAACAUCCACGGCCCGAUCCCGAAACCCUUUCAAGAUGCGACGGAAUUAGGAUGAGCUUUUCGUGAUCCAGCACGAGUUACUUUACUUACACACAGUUCUUAAAUAUCAUAGAUAUAGAAAUACAUACCGGGAGUACAUAACAGGUCUGCAUCGGUCUGCCGGAGAAGAUGAGUUGGCACUAGUACUUAGACAGCAUGAGACCCAUACUUUCGAGGAGCCUUUGCCAAGGGGUAUAAUAAAUAGUAGUUGAUGAUUAUAUUUAACUACUUGUUGUUGUUUCGGAAGUAGAGCGGGAAGCUGGUCGUUUUUCUAAGAGUAGCAGACACGAGCACACCAACAAAGCUGCGCGCAGAGAUUGACCGGUAUCGUGAUUCCGAAAUCUUGCACUCGCGGGUCUUUUUACUGGAUUUGGUCAAUUUACGAUUAGAUUCACUCGCAAUCACUGCGGAUCAGUUGUUGGGGCUUGGAAAGGAUAGCCCUUCUUCAUCUGAGGCAAGUCAGCAUGGC